AUGUCCGAACGGCAGCGCGUGCGCUUGCGCGAGGAGAUCAAGGAUGGUGUCCUGUUGCUGGGCAAGGGCUUUCGGAGCCGCCUGCACGUGCCGGAAGGCGCGACGCAAGGCCCCCAGCUCUUGGCGCUGGAGCCGGUGCUGGAUGACGAGCACGAGCGGCCCCACCAGCAGUACAGGGCCCACUUGCAGCUGCGACAGGAGCAGGGCAUUCACGCCUGGAGCACGGAGCCCUUCACGCUCGAUGAGCUUCUGAGAAUCGUGGUCAGGACUCGUGCGGCCUCCGCAAAGCAAUGGUGCCUGGCGGACCGACAGUGGCGCGCCGUUUUCCACGACCACACCGCCACGUUCUCGGACUUCUGCUGGACGCUGGCGAAGGUGGCCCUCUGCGCCGCAGGGCGCCCCGAGUGCCCCGAGUUUCGGCCGGGUACAUGCCCAGCGAUUCACUUGGGGAACCUGACGUAA